AUGUUGAACGAAAUUACCAACACCAUAAUCAAUACAGUGUCUAUAGUUUUUAAUUGGAUAUUUGGCAUUAUUUUUCCGGCGUUAAGGAAACUUAGACAUCAAAGGACGCCCGAAGAAGAAAUACGCAAAGAAUUGUCAAAUGCAAAGGGCUAUGCAGAAUGGCUUGAAUUAGCACAUAAAUUGGAUGAUUGUCUAGGCAACGAUGAAUGGAAAUCAAAUCCAAUUUCUCCUUACUAUGAUCAUAAUUUGAUUCAAGUUAGAUUGAAUCAUCUUAGACAGGCUAGAGAAAGCAAUGACCUUUUAUCUAUGAUCUAUACGUUGAGAUCAGGCCUUUUACGUAAUCUUGGAGGAUUAAACGAUCCCAGGUUAUUCAGUCAAUCUUAUUUGGGAACAAAGGGAUUGAUCGAAGAUUACACGAGAGAAGUUGUAAAUCAACUCGAAUACAUUGCUGAACAUGAUUUUUGCGAAACGCCUAAUCUUACCAAGGUCGAAUUCUUUAACGAUACCCGUCAAAGUUUUGGUUCUACUGCUUUAGUACUUUAUGGAGGUUCUUCAUUCGGUUUAUAUCAUCUUGGAGUCGUAAAGGCUCUUAACGAGAAGGGUCUUUUGCCAAGGAUAAUUAGCGGAACAGCCGUUGGUGCUUUAAUAGCUGCUCUUGUGUGCAUUAGAACUGACGAGGAAUUACCGAAAAUAUUUGAACCUGGCGGCGUUGAUCUGGGAGCUUUCGGUAAAGUUGGGAGUAAAGGCAAUAUUCGAAGGAAGAUUAGUCGUUUUCUAAAACACGGUUAUCUAAUGGACAUCAAGGUGUUGGAAGAAUGUGUCCGAACCAAUGUUGGUGAUCUGACCUUUGAGGAAGCAUAUGCGAAAACCAAUAGAGUUCUCAAUAUUACUGUCUCCCCAACGAGAAAGUUCGAGGUUCCUCAAUUGCUUAAUUAUCUGACCGCACCGAAUGUUUUAAUAUCAAGUGCCGCUUGUGCAUCAGUUGCCGUGAUUGGUCUUUAUGAAAGUUAUGAACUGAUGGCAAAAGAUAAAACUGGAAAGACUGUUCCAUGGGCUCCUACAGAAAUCAGAUGGAAGAAAUGGACCGAUUCAGUUCCAACCGAAAGUGAAUCUCCAUUGAAAAGAAUUACUGAAUUGUUCAAUGUUAACCAUUUCAUUGUGUCACAAGCGAGUACUGCAAUUGCUCCAUUAUUAUCCCGAGAACAAACCACCAGAGCGUCGUUGUUGGUUAAAUGUGGCCAUUUUAUUUCAACCGAAGUCAGACACAGGAUGUCACAGCUUGAGCAAUUGAGACUUCUUCCAACGGUUUUCCGCGGGUUGGUUGAUGAGAAGGUGUCCGGAAAUGUUACGAUUGUGCCCUCCAUCACCUUUUCGGAUUUUAAGAGUCUAUUAUCAAACCCAACGCAUUCCUCUUUGGAUAAUUGGAUCUUAAAAGGAGAACAAUCUACUUGGCCUUUAUUAGCAUUGAUAAAGAGUCGAUGUAUGGUUGAGUUGGCUCUCGAUCGAAUCUAUUUGAGGUUGAAAACAGUACCACCGACUGAACGUGGAUAUCUUUUAUACAAAGAGAAAACCAGUAGGAGAAAACGUACCAAAUCUGUUCAUUGA